AUGACCUCGUCGAUUCCUACCAAACCAAGCGGCACUCUUCCAAUCCAGCUUCCGUGUAGUGAAGCUGUUCCGAGUAACGGCGACGCCAUUCUUCAAAUAGCUGCGGCAUUCAUACGCUCACUUGGCUACUCGCCACCUCCUUCCACCCGAGAUCCCAUCCUCAAGGACGCGGCUAUCAAGGAGCUCACUUCGUGGGAUCUGGGCGAAAGCCUCGAGGACGUGUUGAAGUAUCUCGACGUCGGCCUCGGAGCUGCUGAGCUCUUCUAUCCCUCGCAUGAGUUUGACAUGAAGCUCAUCAUGGCCAUCUCUACGGCAUGCCUCACUUGGGUGGACAGUGUGGCUCAAUCGAUCGUGAACGCGCUCGCUGAGUUUCAGCGUCGCUUCUACUCGCGUCUCCCUCAGUUGAACCCCGUUCUGGAUCGCUACGCCACCUAUAUGCUCAAGCUCUAUGACCACUACGAGGAGUACGUCGCUGGGGCCAUGAUCAUGUCGUGCUGCGCCUACAUGGAUGUCAACUGUCUGGAAGUGCGCGCGGUCACCAAGGAACUGCCGGCGAAGAUGGACGCCAAGCUUUGGCCAUAUUACGUCCGCAAUCUGAGCGGUGUUUCUGUGUUCUACUCGUUUGCGUGCUUCCCGAAGAAGAACCACCCCGACUUGGUCAACUACAUCCAAGCGAUUCCUGAAAUGCUCAUAUUCACCAACUUCUUGAACGAUGUUCUGAGCUACUAUAAAGAGGAUAUGGACGGCGAACAGACUAACUACUGUCAGAUGAUGUCGCAAGUCUCCGGCCGCUCGCCGAUUGAAGUUUUAGAAGAUGUCUCGCGCGAGACAGUCGCGGUGGCCAAGCGUGCGGAGCAGAUCCUGAAAGAUUCUCCGGCUGCUCUCAAGGCCUUCAAGGAGUAUCAGCAAGGAUAUAUCCGUUUUCACCUGGACGUAGGACGCUACCGCCUUCCUGCGGCCUGGAAGGGGCAGUUUCUGGCCUGA